CGGGAAAAGGAUUUUCAUUCAACUCCAAUCGCCGUUCCGAUCGGUUGUCCGUCGUCGCAGAGUGUCGGUUAGCAGCGAAUCCCGUUUUCGCUGCUCUUCCUCCAGCUCCAGUGACAAUAAAUUUGAUUUUACUAUCUGUCGCUUCUAUUGUGUAUCGAUUUUGUUUUCCGUCGGAACACUGAAAGAAUCGCAGUGAUAAAGACUGAAGUGUUUGUGAUUAAAAUCAUCCCAUUUCAAGGUCUUCUUGAUAUUGCCUUUGUCAACUUUAUUUGGCUGGUGCUCCGCACACAAAAGGAUUGCGUAGAAAAAUUUGGGAUGGCAGAGUUAUGACGUGCGACGUGUUGUCAAAAAAGAAACGGAGAGUAUGAUAUUUUCUUUGCCUUGCUUUUAAAAGAGUAUCGUGAUAACCGAUAUUGUGCACAAAGCUCAUACGAAAAAAGUGCUUAAUUUUUGUCAUUGGAAAAUAUAUGGACCCAUAUUAGUUCGGAAACAGCGAAUGGAAAAUAUCCUAUGCCAUUCGGGAGCCAAAAUGUAAUUGUGAAAGGAAUCAACCAGAAGAUUGUAGAGCAGAGUUGAAAGUAAGGAAAGAUUACUUUGUGGUUGUGCAAAACGACGACGACCAACAGAGUGUCAGUGGAAAAUAAAUUCGAGUGUUACGAGGAGUUCUCAAGGCCAAGAAGCUUGCAAUCGUUUUCAGUGUGGGAAGAAGGUUUCUGAGAAUGUCCCAGCCCAACCAUUUUCAACCAUGGAAACAAAAUCGACCCCUGGGAAUUCCACCGAACUUGGGGGGUAACAAUAGCUAUGGAAAGUUGCCGGCAGUGGCUCAUCAGAAUCCGCCACAGACUGCCGCUAUGCAUCACCUACACCACCAGCAGCAGCAACAACAGCACCAGCAGGCAUUGUUGUUGGGCCACCAGCCUCCGCAGCAGGGACCGCUUUCGGGAUUAGUGAUUCAAAGUGCGGCUGCGUCCUCGUCGACGGGACCGUUGGCUGGCUCGUCCGGAAUCGGUAGUGGUAGCUCGGCCCAGGGUAGUGGAAUGAGUGAUUUUCUCGCGCAGCUGGGCGCUAACAAGUUAAUGUUAAGCAAGUUGAGCGCCAGCUACGGCUUGGGUGGCCAGCCACUGGAUCAUGCUGGACAGCAGCACCAACACCAGGUGUUGCAGAAUCAGCAACAAAUGUCGCCGUUGGAUGACUGUGCAAACGACAAAGAACGAGAGGUCCGAAUACAGCAGAUUUUCGAAAAUGCUAUCGGCGAUGGCUCCAAGAAACAAAUCGUUGAGAUUCUGGAGAAGAUCUCCAUACUUCGACCACCGGAAAGAUUACUUCUGUACCUGCGCAUGCCUGGCGGCUAUCCUGAGACAGAUCCCUUGCGUCAGUCUCAGAAUCCGCUGGGUACCCGUUCUGAGAUUAAUCACACCAUCAACUGGGUACGAUCGCAUCUGGAACACGAUCCGAACGUAUCCAUACCCAAACAGGAGGUGUACGACGACUACACCGCUUUCUGUGAGCGAAUCGACAUCAAACCGUUGUCAACGGCAGAUUUUGGCAAGGUGAUGAAACAAGUAUUUCCCGGGAUCCGACCGCGACGAUUGGGAACCCGUGGUCAUUCGCGCUACUGCUACGCGGCUAUGCGUAAAGCCACCAAACUGGCAGCUCCCAAGUUGCCCGAUCUCAGUAGCAGCAGCCACGGCAGUGUCACCGGUGCCGAGAGGAAAUCUGACCCGGAGGAUCAAGUGCCAACCGACGAGGAAGCGUGGAAAGUGAUCAAACUGUGGGCCGAAGCCAUGCUCCCGGAGGCGUUCGGGACGAUAAACGAGCUGGCCGGGUUCAUCACCAAGCACAAUCUGAACUCGCCGGCCAGCAUCGCCAGCCGGCAGUUGCUGCAGAAGAAACUCCUACAACGCGAGAUUAAGGAGCGGAAGAAGUUGACGGCGGCCGCUCUCAAAAAACGUCGACGAAAGCGCCGGAAAACCGGAUCGAACAGCCUCGAUUCCGAGGUCAAUGCUCCUCCUCCGCCAGCAGUAUCUGCGGCAUCUCGGGACAUCAACGCACAGCUCACCCUCAGUACAAAAGUGACGUCCGACGCCAUCUCAUCUUCUGCUUCUGCUACUGCCGUCCUUCAGCAAGUGGUCAAACUCGAACGACCGGACUAUACGGAUGAAGAUAAUAACAACACUACCGCACCGUUGUCUUCUAUUGCCAAUAUUAAACAACAGCAGCAGCAGAUAAGUACAAAUCUCAACUGUGAUACUAGUAACAAUGCCCUCGUUGCAGCGUCGGCAGUAUUAGCUGCCGGGAGACAAAUGCGAAGCCCUGCGGAAGAGUACAUCUUCUGCAAGAAAGUAAGACAAGCUCAACAAUUGAAGGCUGCCGCCCAAAGUCAACAUGCGGCCCCCCAACAGAUGCUCCCCAAUCCGCUGCGAACGCCUAGUGCCGCGGCAAAGCGAGCUGCAUCGAUAGCGCAUUUAGCCCGCCAGAAACGGUUGCGAUUGCUUCAGCAACAACAGCAACGAUCCAUCGAGGCGCAGAACAACAGUGCGCCCAGCUACGACGAGAUGGGCAAUCUGGUAUUAAUCGAAUCGCAAGAUUUGGUCACCAGCAGCAGCAAAGAGGAUUUCAUCAUUCCCAGAGAACGAGUCAUUAGCAUUUGUAAUAUGGAUAAGAACGCCCUGGAUGACUAUCUUAACGGUGAAGAGGAAAACUCGCAAGAUCAGGAUCAGGAGCUGCUGCAGUAUUUUCCAGAGGAAAAUCAUGUAGAUGAUGGCCGGGGAAAUUCCUCGGUCACUGGCAUGGGGCCUGGUACUAGCGCAGGAACAUCACUCGAACCUGGCAGCUUUGGAAUGCUUGAAGACAAUGAUACAAACUUUAAGCUUUCUCAACUGCGGAGUAUGCUGGAGCAAAAUAUGAACCAAGGUGCAAUGGAUAAGCCGCAGGUAGGUGACCAGCUAGAGGGGUUCGACGACAACAGUGUCGGACAGCAGUUGAACCUUCAACCUGGAUCGGCUUCAGCUUCACUGGCAAUGUUGUCCCAGCGUCAUCAUGGCAGCACUGUAAGUAGUCUAGAUAGUAAUACGUGUAAUAGUAAUGAUACGAAGAAUUUGAAUGCCAAUAUGAAAUUGGCACUCGAAGGAUGUCUGAAUAAUAUAGGAAAUGGAUCGGCAAACAUGAUCGUGAAUAGUGGAACUCCUUUGCAAAGCCCCAACGGACGUCGCAAGAACUACGACUUUGUUCCCAUCUCGGCAGGUCCCCAGUCACCACGAGUUCCGUUGGCAAAGUCCUCCCAUCAGAAUAGUACACCCAAUGCAAGUCCUUUUGUAAGCCCAAGAAAUACGCCAAUACAUCGCAAAACCAAACCUUCAAACAAUGGGCUUACAUUAAAUAUUUUACAACAGAACCAACCACCGCUGCACCAUCCCGCCUAUCAACAGCGUCCGGGAUUAGUAAAAAAUGAACUUUCGGCAUCCGCACCUCCUAGUCCAUCCAUGGUGCAGAAUUAUCGUUUCGGAAUGAAUCCAAAUGUACUGAACUGUCCAAACGCGAUUCCCUCUUUCCAACCGAUCUGCAAUCCUUCUUCGCAAAUGCAACCCUAUCAAAAGAUGUCGGGAUCUCUCGAAUCCCGAUCUAGUAGUGUACCCUUGAUUCCCAACUAUGACGUGUUCAAUCAUUCCAAUUAUACUUCGGUAUCUCAAACUCCAGUACCAUCCGAGUGUGAUGAUUUCUCCGACCCGAACAACAUUCUCGAUAUGCUUAACGAACCUUCCUCGUCUUCGGCUAACAUGCAGCAGUCUAUCAAAAUCGAAGAAUCUGAUCAAAUGAUGUCGGACAUUUUAGACCACGAUGUUAUGUUUUCCAAAUCUUCCGCUCCGUAUAACAGCUUGUCACGAUCCGUUCCAUCUACACCACUCCCGCAACAAUUAUCCUUCAAUCAUAACCACCAAAACAUCGGAGCUCAGUUCAGUUCAUCCAACGGGACGAGCUCGAAAGCUUUGUUUGAGCUUCCCAAAUCGGUUCCAUCCACUCCUAUCUCACUGAACAAUAACCGAGAAUCACUCUUUCAAUACAGCCCCGAAACGUCCCGUGAUUACCUCAUCAACGGAAAUUCGGUCGAUCGCACCAACAAAAUGGGUCCCUUCUAUUCCAAUCAGGCCGGCUCCACUGCCAGCGCCGCCGCUAGCGGGGGUGUCGGCAAUGCCAGCGUGGCUUCUGGUGGCCCAACGGGAACUGCCAACGGAACAGCUGCCUCUGCCGUCCCAACGUCGUCCGGCCCGGGAACAGAAAUGUCCAUGCUGGCCGACGGAAUCGAAAGCCUUACCGAUGUUCUUAUCGGGUCCGACACCCUACGCUAUCUGUAGUAGAAAACAAAUAGGAAAGAGACGCCAAAAUUAACCGAAAAAGUGAAGAACCGCCGCUCACUAUCGUUCGCUUUCAUCAUCAUUCAUUCAUUCGAUCGUACGCUCAACUGGUAAUGUAAAAUACUUCAGACCAGAGGUUUACAAACUAGGCGGCUUUUCUACCUAGCUCUGAUCCACCAGAGAAUAAAGCAUGAUUUCUAGAAUAAAAAA